AAGUGGACUCGAGAGGAAGAAAGUAGCAGGGUUGGUGGGGAUAAAUAGAUUUCCGGAGGUUUUAAGUGCGGAUUAACAGAAGUUUUUGUGGCGUGUGUUGUCCAGCGUGGACUCAGAGGUUUUAGUGACUUCACCUGAAGGAGUUAGCUUCUCUGCUGAGCCCGACCUGUCUGUGGUGGGGCAGAAGGUGGCUCUAGAUGCGUGAGCCUCGGGGCUUCUGGUAAAAGAAAACGCCUGAGAAAGCCGGUCUGCGCUCUUCUUCGGUGGCAGCCUUAGAGAAGAGCUGAUGCCUUAGUGGCUUAUCAUGGCCCAGCGGGCAGUGUGGCUCAUAAGCCACGAACCGGGAACUCCACUUUGUGGCACCGUCAGAUUCUCCAGACGGUAUCCAACUGUUGAAAAAAGAGCCAAAGUCUUCAAUGGAGCAAGUUAUGUGCCUGUUCCUGAAGAUGGUCCCUUCCUUAAAGCACUGCUUUUCGAACUGAGAUUAUUGGAUGAUGAUAAGGACUUUUCGGAGAGUCGUGAUAGCUGUUCACACAUCAAUAAAACAUCCAUUUAUGCACUCCCAGUAGGAGGUGAAGAACUCUGGCCAGUUGUUGCUUUCUUGAAGAAUGGCAUGAUAUACGCUUGUGUUCCACUGGUGGAACAAACUUUAUCCCCUCGUCCACCAUUAAUUAGCAUUAGUGGAAUUUCACAAGGCUUUGAACUUCUUUUUGGGGUACAGGGUUUUCUUUACUCAGGUCAAAAAAAUGACAGUGAGCUAAAUACAAAAUUGAGCCAGUUGCCCGACUUGCUUCUACAGGCUUGUCCCUUUGGCACUUUGUUAGAUGCCAACUUACAAAAUUCAUUGGAUAGUAUUAAUUUUGCUUCUGUUACUCAUCCACAAAAACAGCCAACCUGGAAAGCUGGAACAUACAAAGGAAAACCACAGGUUUCUAUUUCUAUCACUGAAAAGGUAAAAUCCAUGCAAUAUGAUAAACAGGAUAUAGCAGAUACAUGGCAAGUCAUUGGAGUUGUCACUUGCAAGUGUGAUUUAGAAGGAAGUAUGCCAAAUGUUACCAUCAGCUUGAGUCUCCCCACCAAUGGAUCUCCACUUCAGGAUAUUCUGGUUCAUCCUUGUGUGACAUCUCUCGACUCUGCCGUUCUGACUUCUAGUAGCAUUGAGGCAGCGGAUGAUUCUGUUAGUGGGCCUUACAAAUUUCCACUCACUCCACCUUUAGAGUCAUUCAACUUAUGCUACUACACUUCUCAGGUCCCUGUGCCACCAAUUUUGGGUUUUUAUCAGUUAAAAGAGGAAGAAGUACAACUAAAAAUAACAGUUAAUUUAAAACUGCAUGAAAGUGUGAAAAAUAGUUUUGAAUUCUGUGAAGCUCAUAUACCUUUUUACAACAGAGGUCCAGUCACACAUGUGGAAUACAAAGUUAGUUUUGGCCAGCUUGAAGUAUUUCGAGAGAAAAGCUUAUUGAUCUGGAUUAUUGGACAGAAGUUCCCAAAAUCAAUGGAAAUUAGUCUUUCUGGAACUGUAACUUUUGGAGCCAAGAGCCAUGAAAAGCAGCCAUUUGACCAGAUUUGCAUUGGAGGUACAGCAUAUUUAAAGCUUCAUUUUAGGAUCUUAGAUUACACACUCACUGGGUGUUAUGCGGAUCAGCAUUCAGUUCAAGUUUUUGCAUCAGGAAAACCAAAAAUAAGUACAUACCGGAAACUAAUUUCUUCUGACUAUUACAUCUGGAAUUCUAAAGCUCCUGCUCCAGUAACAUAUGGAUCAUUAUUACUGUAAUUGUCUCAUGUUUAAAUGGGAUUUAUACAACAGUAACAUAAAUUAAAUCACAGUCUUUUAUUUUUAAUAUGUAUGCAUAUAACCUAUGAGUGAAAAUCAUUGAUUUAAUUACAAAAUGCUCUUGUUCAGUGUUUUUAGUCUGAUCUACUUUGAAAGAACAUUUUAAAGACUAAUGUAUCCAAUUUCAUUACCCUUUGAUUUUGCUCAAGUAUGUUUUCAGAGCAUAAAAUGUAGUGAUUCACUUUCAGCUUAUUCUAGACUAGUCUUGGGUUAUCCUGCCAUACAUGUUUCUUCCUGCCCCUGUGGCAGACAUGGCUAAUCAGUCACAGCCCUCUUUCUCCACUGAGCCUUCCUGGAUAUGGGCUCAGGCUCCUCAGUGCAGAGCUGCAGGCAGCUACUCCCAAUGGAUUGUAGAUGGCAUGCAAGAUAAAAAACUAUUUGCUCUUCCAAACCUAAGUGCUAAGUGCUAGUACAAUGUGUUGUUACAGAAUACCAGAGACCACAUGAGAAACAACUUUGUAAAUCUCUUGAGAAAACAGCUGAUGAAAAUGAAAGAAAAUUGUUAAAAUAGUAAGCUGUUUUUAAUCAGAACUAUCCUCCGGACUAAUAAAGAAUCUGCAUAAUUCUA